ACAGACUUUUCCACCUGAACAGCUGCUGCCCGUGGUGACCAUUUGAACCCGUUUCCAUGGAGACGAGGAGUCAACUGCUACACGGAACUAGCAAAACAGUUUCUUCCGAAUUUGCUCUUCUACGAUGAAUCCCAAAAACGCGCCGUUUUUUCUCAAUGAUAACGAUCUUGAGCUGGUCAAAUCUGGAGUCAAAACGGGGUACCACACGCUAGAUGGUCAUAUCUCCCAGAUUCCUGGUUUGUCCCCAAGCAUCAGGACUCUUCCUGAAGAGAGGGCUCGAGGGAGAAGGACCGUCGUCCUGGAGAGUGAUUCUGCUUAUGUCAAGCUUGCGAAACAAGGGGGACAUAAAGGACUUUUGUCCCAAGAGGAAGCAGUUACCUCUACACCAAAUUCAUAUAAACCUCCAGACUGGUUCUGCUCUGAAUCAGGAGACAUCAGCCAACAAAGCAAGGAUGAGAAAAACUCUGGAGCCUUUCAGACAUUAGAAGCCCCGUUUGGCUCUGACAACAUGUCAGCCUGGGAGAGGGACAACGUGAGCUUCACUGAAAAAGAAAAGAAUGUUGAAGGGCUUCCCAUCCAUAUGGAGGAGCUGAAUUCCCAAACCGAGCAUCAGGAGCCCGGCAAAUACAAGAGGUUAGUGUUUGACAAGAAGCCGGCACCUGUUGACAUGUCUAAGCUUCUGAGUUUUGGCUAUGCUGAAGCCAACAGCCCAAUCCAAUGAUGCAAUCUGGAGGUCUGCCAGAUCCAAAACCACGCCGUCUUCUCCUAUGACAUUCAUGUCUGUUCCUCUUUCUCGUUAAGUCCCGUCAAAUAUUGUACCGGCAUUUCUUAGAGGAUUAAGGUUGUCGACUGACUCAGCAGCAUUUGCGCUGUUUGUCUCAUCUGCUUUGCCUUGUUACUAAAGAUGCUGAAUGUGUUAUAUUUUUAGCUGGAUUGUUCCGGUUUGCAGAAAAUUUCAAAUAAAGUUCUAAAGAUUUGGAA